GACGGUCGGUCAGCUGGUUGCAAUAUAAAGAAAGAAACACUCUCUCUCUUGGCUUUGUGACUGGAGGAAGCGCUCUCCAUUUAGUUUAUAUUCGUCUCUGGUACCCGGUGCGCACGCAUUAGUUUUACUCCCUGCGUCGAUUUAAUUAAAUUCCCAUAAUAAGAGCAACACAACCAGAUUUUUCCUUCUUCCAUAAGCCCACCAUUAAUCCACCCAUUUUCUCAAUCUUUUAUCUCUGUGCAGUAAUCGAACUUCACAAAUAUAUAUUAAUUUAUUAUAUAUACUCUACUAUCUCUUCUCUACAUUAUGUGUGUAUAUCGCCCUCCAACCAAAUAGGACACAAUAUAUUGAUAUUUUUACUUAUUAUGCUUCCACGGACAUUGAAUUAAUAAAAUACAAGUGCUGUGUGUAGUUACAUAGUUUUUUUAUUAAUUAAGAUCGAAAAUUCAUUGAAAGAGAAAAAUCUUCCCUGUCCCUCAAGAAAAUGACAUAAAGACAACAAUGUGUGUGGUGUGUUGAAAGAAAGAAGAACUUGCAGAGAUUUAAAAAUAAAAUUUACAAGAAAAGUGCGUAAGAAGUGCAAUGAAUUUUAUCUGUUUGUGCUAAAAAUUUGUGAUAUUACGCAUGCGUGCAAAACUCAUUGUCCAUUCAUCUUAAAAAUCGUUUUUUUUUCUCUAAAUGUUAUUUAUAAUCUCUCUAAAAACAUAAGGAAGGAUUUUUUUAAAAUGAAAUUCUGUGAAUAUUUAUAUUAUUAAUAGCUCUGUAUUAUGUAAUUAAUCUCCUCUAUCUCUCUAUAUUUUGACUUGUGGCGAUACGCAAAGUGAGAGAGAGUGCGAGAGAAGUCUCAAUAUUCUUGUAAUCAGUGAAAAAUUGUGAGUAUAUAACAAGAAGGAAAAAAAGCUCGAUAAAGCGUCUAUCAAUAUGUGUUGUGAUAGUUUUAAAAGUAAAUAUUUCAUCAAUGCAUUUUUAAUCGUCACAAACAUUCUACAUUCAACACAUUGUCUGCACAACUCAAUUGAAUUGGGUUCAGACAAAAAAUACUUGGAAUACAGCGACGAUGUGCAAAAUUACUUAAUGAAUUAUGGAUAUCUGCCUAAAUCCGAUAUAGAAACCGGAAAUUUACGAACAGAGGAUCAACUAAUUGAUGCCAUAAAGAAUCUUCAGAGCUUUGCAAAUAUCCCCGUAACGGGUGUGAUAGAUCCUCAAACGGUGGAAUUACUUAAGAAACCCCGCUGUGGUGUACCAGAUGAUCAGGAGACAACGGACUUUUAUGCAAAUAAUCGCUAUUCCCCCUCAAGGCGGUACAAGAGAUACGUUAUCUUGGGACCCAAAUGGGAUCACACAGAUCUCACAUGGAGCUUGGUUAAUCAUUCCAUGCCAAACCUCGACUCUGGUCAAGUACGGCGAGUUCUGCGUGAGGCACUAAAUGUGUGGGAAAGAAAUUCACGCCUUACAUUCCGCGAAGUAAACAGUGAUAAAGCUGAUAUCCAGGUGAUGUUUGCCAGGGGUGAUCAUGGGGAUCGUUACAAUUUCGAUGGGAUCGGUGGGGUGCUGGCACAUGCCUUCUACCCUGGUAGUGGCCGUGGGGGUGAUGCGCAUUUUGAUGAUGAUGAAAAAUGGCAAAUUCACCCCGAUGAGGAAGGGAAGGGCGGAACGAACCUCAUGAGUGUGGCUGUGCAUGAAUUUGGGCACUCCCUCGGGCUGGGGCACUCCUCAGUGCCAGACAGCAUAAUGGGCCCAUGGUACACGACGUACAAGAAGGAAGGGAAGCUUCCGGAUGACGAUCGUACGGCCAUUGAGCAAAUCUACGGCACAGGCAAGAAGCAAUGGAGUCACAACCCCCAUCGACAUCACUACCGCACCCACACACCACCACCCACUACCACCACAACUACAACAACUACAACCACCACGACUACCACGGCGCGACCCACGAGGAUUUACUACCCCGAAAGGAGACCAACCCAUCGGCCACACUGGACGUGGUAUCCACAAACCACAACGACAACAACAACCCCACGAACCUACCCAACCAGACCCAUCUACACGGAGCCACCGUACCGUGAGGAUCCACGCUAUGAUACGCCCAAGAAGCAAAAACCCAACAAAUCCGAUAAACCAUCAACCUGCAAUACGAGCUACGAUGCCAUUUCUCUCAUCCGCGGGGAGCUUUUCAUCUUCAAAGAUAGGUAUUUCUGGAGAAUUGGUGAGCAUGGCCUCCAUGCUGGGUACCCGCAUGAAAUUCGUCGCCUGUGGAAGGAUCUUCCGGAAGAUUUUACUCACAUUGAUGCUGUUUACGAGAAUAAAGAUCUCCAAAUUGUUUUCUUUAUUGGUAAAUUGUACUAUGUUUUCAAUUCGAAUAUCCUCGAACGAGGAUCACCCCGUCCAUUGACCGAUUUGGGCCUUCCGGAGUAUCUUGAGAAGAUUGAUGCCGCAAUGAUUUGGGGGCAUAACAAGAAGACUUACUUCUACAGUGGUAGCAUGUACUGGGGCUUUGACGAAGAAAUAAAACGCGUUGAGUUGGAUUAUCCACGUGAUAUGUCCAUGUGGAAGGGCAUUGGCUACAAUAUCGAUGCAGCCUUCCAGUGGACCGACCACAGGACGUACUUCUUCAAGGGCAAAGGUUUCUGGAGGUUUAACGAUCGCAAAAUGCGCGUGGAGCACCCAGAGCAGAAGCCAUCAGCACCCGUUUGGAUGCACUGCCCGCGCACAUCAAAUGAAGUUGAUCCCCCCAAAAGGCGAGAUGCCCUCGUGGCCUAUGCAUCAGCAGCACGCACAACCAAUUACCACCCAGCACUACCAGCCAUCGUGCUUCUCACUGCAAUACUCUCUGUGUUAUUUUAAAGUAAAAUAUAUGGAAUUUAUACGUACUGCCAUAUUGUAUGCAAUAUAUAUUUUAUAAUAAUAGCAAAGUUAAGCCAUUAAAUGCAUUUUUUUGUAUAAUUUAAUUGAAUAAAAAAAGAAGAAAAAAAUUCUAAAAAAAAA